AGUUAACUCCGUUUUUCACCUUAUUUUUCAUUAUUUCUUUCUCUCAUACGAACCACAAGCCUUUGAUUCACUAUGCUGCAUCAGAUUCAGUAUCAAACAAAAACAAAAUCACAACAUCAAAAUACUCUCACCGAACAGAAUUCAAUUUAUUAAUACAUAAAACUGACACGACGUUACUAUAGAAACAUGCAAAGUGUACAGGCACAUGCCACGAGGUGUAAUUGACUAAUYCUCCCUUGCAAUACUGAGCCCACUAAAAGCUUUCCACACGGCUCACACAGUCCACAAUUAGACAGACCAAGAAGUCAAGCAGAGUUGGAGUUUUUCACCCUACAUCAUACCCCGGGUAACAUGAAGGGUUUCGUUCUGUCUUUGUUACUGAUUCAAKCUACGAUUCACUAUGUUGCAUCCCGUAAACAUAUGUUAGAAGACCGYUACCUGAAGGAAAAAGUCUGUCAAGAUGUUGAUCGUCUUGAGGUAUUUAUUGGAGGCAGUGGAGUUACUUGUAGCGGUGAGAUGAGUUACCAAAUGCUGAACUCCKUUGGUGACAACCCGUCGUUCCGUUACAGAAAAGCAGCCGAGGACAAGCUAUACAUAAUAAUUAUUGUGGACGCUGACGAACCAGGCUGCAAAACCAAACUUCACUACAUGAUCAGCAAUGUACCGGGAAAGAAACUGGCAGUAGGAGAUGAUUCAGACAAAGAUGUGUUUUCAGUUUACUUUCCGCCGUACCUUCCACAACGUUCUACUGUACACCGAUUCUUCAUCUAUGCCUUCUCGCAGACCAUUCCUCUCGCAGACAUGGCCAUCAUUUCUGCAAGAUGUAACUUUGAUUUGAAUCGAUUCCUGGAUGACGACUCCUUGACGCUCGUGGCUGCGAACAUGUUUAAAACUCAAAAUAAGUAAACGUUAACAGACUUUCAAGCCUYAAUCUCAAACAUUUCAAGGGCAAAACUUUUUUGGUAAAAUUUUAGGUAGUUAACUCUUAAAACCUAUAUUUAAUCUUCGAAAAGUAUCGUGGGGUAGUUUUCCCGCCUUUUUUAGUUGCAUUCUGAUUGGUUCGUUGAAUAGCUUAAUGGUKAUUGGAUGAUUUUUCUUUUAAAAACUAAUUUAAUCUGAGAGGGGUUUCUUUGGAUUACAGACACACCAUGUUUGACGGCAAUAUUUAGUUUGGUUUGUUC